CUUCUGUGUACAGUAUACCUGCAGUUGAUGCCCUGGCAACAAUAGAUAACUAAGCAGACAGAGUUGCUCAAUAACCUGCAUUUUCUCGAAGGCUUUUUUUAUGUCGGUACACCUGAAGUGAAACUGGGUGUGUCUUUCAGAUUUGAAUCAGCUCCGUUCAAGCACAGCCUUGCAUUAACCUUAACAGAUGGAUCAUGGGUUACAUGCAUCAAAAUGAAUCUUUCGGAUAGACAGGCCACUUUUUUUUGACAUGUUAGUGUGACGUCAGAUCCUCACGAGAUCUGCAGAUGCAAAGCAGACAGGCUCGAUGGGUUUCGACUGCGCGGAGAUGUAAUAGAUGGCUCUCUCGCUUUGAUAACAUGACCGGAAGCCAGCUGAACUUUGGCCUCUCUGUAGGUUAACGCGAAGGAAGACUGGAAGAGUUUCUGGAUUUGACUGAAUCAAUGAAGUGUUAUGAGAUGCUGGAGUGACGGCAACUGAGGAAACAUGCAUGUUUUUAGACUGGGUCUUUUUCUUCUGAUCACUACGGUGGUGUCCGCUCAGGUGCAGCUCCAGCCUCUGAAUGCAGCGGUGCUCCGUGGGUCCAAGGCCCGGUUCAACUGCAGCACAACUCAGCCCCCAUCCGUCAUGACCGUGAUGGUCAACGGACGCUUGGUUAUCACCAUUCUGGAAUCAUCUGGGGUGCUGAACAGCACGGAUCGCUUUUCUGCCACAAAUUUCACCACGCCUGGAGAUUACAGAUGGGAGUUUGUAAUUAGCAACGUGCAGAGAAGCGAUGCGGGUGAAGUCACCUGUCAGGUUUUGGGUGGAGCGCCUAUAAUGGCCAGUCUGUCUGUGCAAGAACGUGGCAGCGUGGAGAUCGUAGGUGGGAAUCAGACCAAAACGGAAGGAGCUCAGACGACGUUCCAGUGCCGGGCCGUGGGCUGGUUUCCUGAACCCAAUAUAUCCUGGUCUGUUAACGGAGUGGCGUAUUUCUGCAACACGAGCUCUGUAACACAGGGAAACCUGUUUAACUCCAGCUGCGUGCUGGCGGUCUCCGCCGUCAAAAACUCUUCUGUCCAGUGUCUGGUCAAGAUACCAGCUCUGAGCGCUGCGGACAGCAGCACGGUCUUCCUGACCGUUGAAAAGCUCGCUAAAAGAGACCAGACGGUGUUGAUCGCUGUCACUGUGGCCUUCAGUGCUGCAGCUCUGUUGUUUCUAAUUAUCUAUGGCAUUAUUUUCUUCUGCAAGAGAAGGAAGAAAAAGUCAAGCUACCAGGAGGAGAUCAGGAGGGCCCGAGCCCAGUCCCAUAGCAGGACGCCUGCCACAGAAAAUGUGCGAGGACGGGACAACCGAGGAUAUACUAGAGACACGCAUGAUGGACACAGCAAUGGAGUCUGGUACAUAAACCACUCGAACAAAAAUCAGAUGCCUGAUGGCUUUUUUGAUGAUGGUCACAGAAACCACAGGCACAUGACCAUCGUCUAGAGACUGACUAGAUGCUGGACAAAUAGCAGGUUUUCUGGUUCUCUUCUUCUCUCUUGUACAUACAUUCAUGAUUUUAGGUUUAAUUACAGAAGAAAGAUAACUUGAAGGACUUCAUAUUAGCACUUAUGCCGGUCUGUUUCACCUCCACUGGAUUAUUUAUUGAAGCACAGAAGGAUUUUCUUGGUGGUCUCAGACUUUUUUAAAUGCAUCUUGUUUAAAAAUGAUGAAAGGAAUAAGAUUAUAGUAUACCAAAAUUACAUUAUAGAGUAAAGUGUCAUGAAAUGAACUGGAAUUAUGUGAUCCUUAUUGAUACAUCAAUCAAUCACUUAAUCAUUAAUAUUAAACUUAUAAAGUC